AAGUACAUCUACCAGUUACAAAAGCUACCACCACCGACACUACACCUCCGCAAUCACCAAUUCGUGAGGUGGCUUUCGAUCCACAAAUUGGCCAAGAAGGCAUAACUUUUUCCGCAGAAUUUGACAUUGUGCUCCCGACCGACCGAAAAUGUCAUCUAGAAUUAGCGUUCGGACAUCAAAAAGUGUUAUCGCAGCAAUUUGCAUCGCUCACUGAUACUAAGCAUCGUCUGACGACCGUGGUGCCACCAUUCGCAUGUACUAAAAGUAUUGUGAAUCGUGUGCCGUU